CUUUAAAGUAGAAAUGUGGGAGGGACUCCAGGAGAGAGAGAGAGAGAUGGCUAUCAACUGAAUUCAUUACUGUAAACAUCUCCCUGGGGUGUCAGGCAGGGAGGAAAAAAGGCACGACUUACAUUAGCAGGGAAUAGUGAGAUGUGAGGCAUCACUACUGCUAAGAUCAUCCUGCAAUCCCGGCUGGAGGCAGGCGCAGGACUUGGAGAGAGCCAGACACACGCUCACAUAUAUACUCACAUACAUGUGUCCGAUGCCUUCUCCGACUUACGAAGGUCCUGGGUCGCCGUGCCUGCUCCUCAUGUGAUCUUUUCAUCAUUUCCAGAGGACAGAAAGAGACAAAAAAAAAAAAAAAAAAAAAAAAAAAAGGGGCAAACAACCAAAAAAUCCGGAAAGAAACCCCAAGAUCAAGGGUAGCCGCGGUUCCCUCUCGUUUAUUUUUUACCGGAGAAGGAGGAACGGCGGGGGAAAGAGAGAGCGAAUCGAGGAGAGAAAGUGCGUUGGGAAUGCCAGAGCCGUGGGCUGCGCGCCGGAGGAGGAGGUGGUGGAGCAGGGGGCAGACCAGAUCUGGCAGAUAGUGAAUAUGAGGACUUUGCUGACUUCAGAAAGCUGACAGAAGCCAACAGACUUCAGUGAAAUACACCUCCAAGCACAGAGACUUCUGGUAGCUUUAAAGUAACCUGUGGUUCAUUUGCAAAGACAUGGCUACUGGUUCUUUCAGCACACAUGGAGGAAGGAAACAAACAUUGUAACCCUGGCUAAUAAGACUGUAUUUUCCUUAUCAGAAAUAGGAGGCAGGCCAAUUAUAAAAGAAUUAUUUUAUGCUUAGCCUCCAGGACUGUUACUCUGGCCUGAACACUGGACAUAAAUAGGAGCCAAUUUUAAUGACCUGAGAAUUUGUUACCUGUGCGUUAUUAUUGUUAUCAGUUCCUAAACACUCUGGUACUUUAUUUCUUUAAAUUAGAAAUGGGUUUGUGGACUAAAAUGUGGCCCACAGAUUGGGCUCUUCUCAUGAAAUCAUGGCUUAUCUUUUCCCUGGGGCUCUACAUACAGGUCUCCAAAACUCUGGCCUGCCCAAAAGUUUGCCGCUGUGACCGAAACUUUGUCUACUGUAAUGAACGAAGCUUGACCUCAGUGCCUCUUGGGAUACCGGAGGGUGUAACCGUCCUCUACCUCCACAAUAACCAAAUUAAUAAUGCUGGAUUUCCUGCAGAGUUGCACAAUGUCCAGUCCGUGCACACAGUCUACCUGUAUGGCAAUCAGCUGGAUGAAUUCCCCAUGAACCUGCCCAAAAAUGUCAGGGUUCUCCACCUGCAGGAAAACAACAUUCAGACCAUUUCACGUGCUGCUCUUGCUCAGCUUUUGAAGCUGGAAGAACUGCACCUGGAUGACAACUCCAUCUCCACUGUUGGCGUUGAGGAUGGGGCAUUCCAGGAAGCCAUCAGCCUCAAGCUUCUGUUCUUGUCCAAGAAUCACUUAAGCAGUGUGCCAGUAGGCCUUCCGCUGGACUUGCAAGAACUUCGAGUAGACGAAAACCGAAUUGCCGUCAUUUCAGACCUGGCCUUCCAGAAUCUUACAAGUCUGGAGCGUCUGAUCUUGGACGGCAAUCUCCUCACUAAUAAAGGCAUAGCUGAAGGCACUUUUAGCCACCUCUCCAAGCUCAAGGAAUUCUCAAUAGUUCGGAAUUCACUGACUUACCCUCCUCCCGAUCUUCCAGGUACACAUCUGCUAAGACUUUACUUGCAGGACAACCAGAUAACCCACAUACCACUUACAGCCUUUUCAAACCUCCACAAACUGGAACGUCUUGAUAUUUCCAACAAUCAGCUUCGGAUGUUGGCAAAGGGAGUAUUUGAUAGUCUCCACAGCCUGAGACAACUCACUGUAAGGAAUAAUCCCUGGUUAUGUGACUGUGGCAUUAAGUGGGUCACUGAAUGGCUCAAAUUUAUUCCUGCUUCCAUCAAUGUACGUGGUUUUAUGUGCCAGGGACCAGAGCAGGUCCGAGGUAUGGCAGUCAGGGAGCUCAAUAUGAAUAUGUUGUCAUGCCCCACCACCACCCCUGGUCUGCCACUUGUCAUCACCCCAGUCCCAGCUACAACCAUGCCGACUACAUUAGUUCCCAGCCCAUCAUUUCCUCCCUCAAGCAGUAAAUAUAAUCCUCUCACUCCCAUCAUAGCCACACUCCCCACUGUGCCUGACAGGGAGGACAGAGAAAGGGUGACACCUCCUUUGUCUGAUUGGAUUCAGCUCUCCAUCCAUUUUGUGAAUGACACUUGCAUCCAAGUCAACUGGAUGUCACUUUUUACCGUGAUGGCAUAUAAACUCACAUGGGUUAAAAUGGGCCAUAGUCUGGUAGGAGGAAUUGUUCAUGAACGAAUAAUUAGUGGUGAGAAGCAGCAAUCAAGCUUGGUAAACCUGGAGCCCAAAUCCACUUACCGGAUUUGUUUGGUUCCGCUGGAUACUUACAACAACUACCGGACUGGAGAAGACACUGUCUGUUCAGAAGCCACAACCAAGGCUUCCUUUUUCAAUGGCAGCAACAUCCCUUCCAGCCAUGAGCAGACGACUUCUCAGAACCUAGGCUCCCCAUUUCUGCUGGCAGGGUUGAUUGGGGGUGCAGUGAUAUUUGUCCUCGUGGUCUUGCUCAGCAUUUUUUGCUGGCACAUGCACAAAAAAGGUCGUUACACCUCCCAGAAGUGGAAAUAUAACCGGGGCCGUCGGAAAGACGACUACUGUGAGGCAGGGACCAAGAAGGACAACUCCAUCCUGGAGAUGACGGAAACCAGCUUCCAGAUUGUCUCCUUAAAUAAUGAUCAGCUCCUUAAAGGAGAUUUCAGACUGCAGCCCAUUUAUACCCCAAACGGGGGCAUUAACUACACAGACUGCCACAUCCCCAACAACAUGCGAUACUGCAACAGCAACGUCUCAGACCUGGAGCACUGUCAUACGUGAUAGUGAGGGACCAUGGGGGUCUCUAGGACAAGGAGGAAAAACUCUAGAAAAAAUAAGCCCCCCAAAAUAAUGAAAAAAAAUUACAUUUGAUAAAUGUUACACAGAUGCAUUUAUGCAUUUGAAUACUCUGUAAUUUAUACGGUGUACUAUAUAACGGGAUUUAAAAAAAAAGUGCUAUCUUUUCUAUUUCAAGUUAAUUGCAAAUGGUUUUGUAACUCUUUGCUUUUUAAAUCUUUAAAAACUAUUGCUGAGUACUGUACAGGGUUGUACAAUAAGAACCCAAUGUCAUGGCAAAGGAAAGAAUGACUCAUUCUUCAAACAUUAACCACUUUGCUGUCGAAGCAGUCUGAGGGAUGUUAAGUUUCUAGGUGUCCUGGAAUACAGGAAAAUAAGUGCAUAUUAAAACAGGGUCACUAGGAACAGACAAAAGCAAUUCAGAUAAAAUGGGCACAACCCUUCUGACUUGAACCCAGCAGUUGCUGUUUAGCUUCAAACAAUUGGAAAUAUAUCCCUUCCUCUUUGUCAGGUCUGCACUUCUCACCUCCAGUUGAAAGCUGGAGUUCUGAGUGCUGCCAAAAAAGCUUCUCUCUUGUUUGAUUAGUUUUCUUUCAAUCUGCUUGGAAUAGGAAACGUGGAAAGAACUCAGUGUCAAACUCAAAGUGACCUUGAUUCCUAUUUGCAAAAGUUGCUCCAAAAAUGUCCCCAACACUAUAUUCUUUAUCUCAAAAACUGUUUGUGCUCUCCAUAAGAAUUAAGAAGCUUUAGGCAUUCUCUGACCCUUCUCAGUGGGAGGUGAAGGUUAUGUAACAGUAAUAGAGAGCUGUCAUUAAGUUGCACCUCCUAAUAGAGAAGCAUUUGUUGACAUAGCAUGUUCAGGUAAGGCCGGAAUGAGGGAAAUUCUGAGUGCUCCAGAGCUCCCAGCAAUGCAGCAGUCACACAUGUGUUCAUGUAAUUUGAAAUCUAAAAGCGCGUAUUGCUGAAAAUGUGGUGCAGAAUAUAAUGGCAAUGGAAAGGUUUUGCUAAUUAUAUGUAUGGGUCAAGCCUUGUUUGAAUUAAGGGCCUGAGUUAUGUUUCAGGAGAAAUAGGAGAAAAAAAAGACAAAAAGAGAAAACAAACAAGAAAUAUAUUGUAAAAAAUUAUUUAGUACUGGGAAGACCUUGAGGGCUAUUACAAACUGAAAUAUCUUCAGUGGGGAAAAUCAUGUACAAGUCUUUGCUGGUUUUGUUUGUUUGUUUGUUUUGCUUUUUUUUCUUUCCAAUUAAAGUAUACAGAGACUGACAUUAGCCAAGCAUUUGAUUAAUUGGAGGAUUUUGAGAACACAGGUACACGGUGUCCCUCUGAAUUACCCUACUUUUACCUUAAGCAUUUUUGAGUUUUCCAUAAUGAUUUCUGCUUCACAAGGAGUAGCUGGGUUUAGAAAUUGCUUUUUUAUACCCUCAGAUUCUUCUUAGUCCUUGAGCUUUACAUGCACCAUGCAAAAUAUCAUGCUUGUAUUAAAACCAUAAUGCAGUUCUGAAAAUUAUGUAAUAUUUCAGCCACUCUGCUAACUCAGUGAUUGCCAAGAACUAUGGUGGAAUUUAAUUAUUUGAGGGGUUUUCAGUUUGCUUUUUAAUGUAGCUAAUUUUCUCCUGAGUUUGGGGAAAAGCUAAAGCUACAUCACAUUGGAGAAAAAAAGAAAAAAAACCAAAACAACAAAAGAUAGGGACAAACUUCCCUUUGGUAGUGGGGAACCAAAGAGAGAAAGUUUUACAGUGAUCACCUAGGGACUGACAGAAAGUUUCUGCAUGUGGAUUGGAAGUAAAGGCUGAAGCACUUUCACAGUGGAAUGCUUAGACUUUUCACUUUAUCAAGCUCCUUAUGCUGGAAGAGAGGGUUUUAAUCCUUUCUUUCGCUCAUUUCACUCAACCCAUUCUUGAAACUCAGCAGUCUAUGAGCAUGUAUUUUCUGUAAUUCAGACCACAUGAUAACACUAAUUCUCUGCAAUGACAAAAAGAACACAGUUAUGAUUGAUGGCAAAGUGCAACCAUUUUGUAAGGAACCACAGCCUCCCACCAACACCUUUUAAAAUUACAUUUUGAAAUCCCAGUCUAUAUUCUAUAUAUUAGCUAUUUUCUCCAGCUAUAUCGGGUAUUCUAAGCAACCUUUGUGGCUACUGUAAUAGUUAAUUCACUAAAAUUUUGCUGAUUAAAAGUUUACCAUAUGAUUUCAAAUAGCAUAAUUCUAGGUAGAAAUGUCUAUGCAAAGUGGACGGUUUUCUUCUCUCAUCUAUUUACUCAUGGUAAGGUUCAUACUUUUGGGCUUUGGCUUUUGGAUUUGGUGUUUUUUGGAGUUUUUAAAUUUGAUUUUUUUUUGUUUAACAUAUUUUAGAUGCCACAGCUCAAAAGACAAGCAGCAAACUGUUGCGCUCCUGCACACUUCUGUUGAAUGCUGGAGUUUGCUUGAAGUUAAGCAGAGCCAGUGAUUCCCAUUGGGUGUGGACAUAGUACUUAAUUUCAAUGAAAUAACUGGUUGUACAUUUGGUUUCAAAAGGCCUCCUUUGAAAGUACAAGCUUACUGGUAUUUACUGAUGCAGGAGGAAUCUUCUGUUCUAGACCUCAGUGUACUAUAGGCACCUUAUUUAUAGCAAUUGACUUAUUCAGGGAGUUUGGCCUGUACUGCAGGUGAAUGAUCCACAAGCCCAAGAUGAUCUGAUAACAACAAAUCUAGUUAGUUAUAGAAUAGGGUGAAAAGAGAAGGCAUUCACAAACUGUUCAUUUUGAUCUUGAAUGAUGAAACAUUAUAUAUAUGUAGACUAUGACUCACUUACCUAAAUCAAAAAUCAUAAUGAUAUUAAAGAUAGCCUACUUUAGGCUUCUCUUCAGUAUGAAAAAAAGUAUCAUUUUUUUCUGUAAUACUGACAAAAGUUUCUUUACUAUAAAGGCUCUUCUGAAAAAAACAUAGCUAACAUCUUAUACCAAAAUUUGUGGAUAGAGCUGGGAAUAUUAUCUAAAAAAAAAUCAGAAUUGUAGUCAACUGAAAGGUCAUAUCUGUAAUUUGAAUAAUGUUUUUCCCUAUUUAAUCGUUCCUUAGCCCUAAAAGAGUUAAUUUAUUUUAAUCUACAACAGAAUUUGGGACUUCUCAAAGUAUCAGCCACAUUUCAUUUCAGUUCCCACCUAGAUAAGCACUUUGUGAGCAAAUUUCACUAGGCAAAGUAUGUAGAAAAAGUCAGAGUUAAAAAUGGACAAUGAUCUUUUGGCAAUAUAAAGUUUAAGACUAGUAGCUUUUUCCUUGGGCUUUGUAAAACUUGGGUGAUCUUCUCUUAGGACAGAUAUCCGACCACAUAUAAUAACUAAAAGUUAUAGAGCAGAAGUUCCAAAUAUGUACGUGUGCAACUCACUCAAAGUGUUCACUUGUAAGGCCUGAUUUGUCCAAGGUCAUUUGAUCUAGGGAAAUUUUUUUUUUUUUUUAGUCAAAAUCUCACCCAUCUUCCAUUGCAUACUGUUAAGAGUUGACACAGACAUGUAGAAAGAUUGGUGAGUAGAACAAAAUAAUAAGCAUUUAAAUGAAAUUGUGUUAAAGAGGUAUCACAACACUGCUGUUCCCAAUACUUGGCUUCCUUCUGAAGAUGUAUAUAUUUACAAACAGGUCUUUGUUUUAAUGGAUUCUGUCACUUUAAUAAGUGCUACUUGCAUGUGGCUUGCUGGCAGAAAAAAACACCUAAUUAAUGCUGGACUUUGUGUUAACAGGUUCUUAUUGGAACAUUAUUGCUGGAUUUCUUUAUAAGAAUGUUUAGGGAAUAAGCUAAUUUGAUCUGAAAAGAUACUAGCAAUUUUCCAUGUAACCCAAUAAAGGACUACAGUGAAUAUCAUGUAAAACAGAAAAAUGAAGUAGCAUAUGAUAUUUGCUACUAGAGUAGUUCAACUAUAUUUUUCUCGGAAGAAUUUCUUUUUUUCAUGAGAAUAAGUUUCUCCCUCUGAAAAAUUUAUUAAUUUAAAUUUUGCAAACAGAAAAACAUUAUGCAUCUUGAUAUUAUUGUUUUAAGGGUCUACAUAAGGCACUUUAUUAAUGGCAUUGAAGUGAAAGUUCAGUCUCAGCUUUUGACAGUAAAGUGGUUAAUCCCCAUUGAAUCCUACAUUUAUAGUACUUCUUCACCUUAAAUUUAACAUGGAGAUAUUAAAGUUUUUUUAUUUAGAACAUGACAAUAAUGGUUUUACACAUGACUUAUCUUUACAGCUCAGUGGAAAAACACAACAGAAAUGAGUGCCAAAACCAAAAGUUUCUGGCUCUGAACCUCAUCAAAUCCUGCCUGAUGCUCUCUUCUAAACACAGAGAUAAUCCUAGGAAGCUGAUGAUCACUCCUUCCCUGAACUCUAUUGAACAGGGCACUUUGUAUCCCAGAUGAUACUACAGGCAAUAUUGAAGCAUUUGGCAUUAAACUUUUGUACAGCAGAGAAUGUUUUACUCUUUAAAAGGACGCUGGCUAGUAGUCCAUAUGGAAAACUAGCACAGAAGAGAUUUGGCAACCUUUUAUUACACUGGGGCUCUGUGGAAAUGUGCCUCAUGAGAGCUGAAUUCUGAUCCUCUCAGAAACAGAUAAGCUACUAAACAAUUGUUAUCAUGAGUUGAUCCCAAAUAUCUGGAGAUAAUCUUUCAUAAAAUUGAUUUAAACUGAGAUAUGCACACUUGAUUCUGUUCUGUGUUUGGUAUACUUUCUAUCUUUAACAUGGAAAAAUAGAUGGUUUGAAGUCUGCGUUACCUGUUUUCUGCAAUCUGCCAUGUUGCACGCAUUGUUAACUUCAAAACCUCACUAUACACUAUAUAUUAUCUUGUUGACAUAUUCAGUAAAGAGUUAUUUAAAAAAUACAACAACUUUGCUGUAUUUAUAUUAGCAAGCUAAUUAAAAUAAGGAUGUGGGUAUAUGAAAGGGAGAAAAAUAUCCUUCUUUUGUACUUUCAUUCAUGGAAAUAUUUUCAGAUGUUCUACUGAAAGAUCUGUCUGUUCAUUCCUCUCUUCAGUUUCUAAAAGAAAAAUAUUAUUUGUCUCUCAAAGAGUUAAAUAAUUUCUUACCUCAGUUUCUCAGAUUUAAUCUUAUCUUUAAAAAGUUAUCUCUUUCUAAUAUGCAUAUAGAAAAGCAAUGUAAAAUGAGAACAGACUGUACUCCAGUGUUUGCAAUUAAUAGAUACACUUAAGGAGCUACACAUGUCAAUAGCAUAUAUAUAUAUAUGUGGAAGCUGUGACUCAUUAUAUGCAUAGCCAGUUGAUAAACAUAUUUGACAUUUGACAUGACAAUCAUGAAUCUGUUUUUCAACUAUUGUUAUCUAUUUAAUCUGUUUCCUUGACAUGAAAUAUGAUUUUUUUUCCAAUUCUCCCUUCAAAAUUGUUCUUGAAUUUUCAGAAUGCACAAGAUUAAUACAUAAGCCUUAAUAAAUUUUUGUAUAAAGCAAAUCUUAUACAUAACAUAUAUGGUAAUAUAUACUAUAUAUAAGGAGAUGGCUUAGCUGCUUAGGAAUGGCAAUUACCCCUUUUCUACUUCCAUGUACAAGAACUAAUUUUUUGUUUUGGUAGAAAGUGAGAUGCUGAGUGCUAGUCUAUUUCAAAGCUUAGAAAUUUACUAUUGCUGAUUGUCACAGUUCCUCAACAAAUUAUCUUACUCUCUUUCUUAACCCCUAGUAUCAUGUAAAACCAGCUAGGGCUGGUGUGCAAUAUAUUCACACCUAGCCCUGCCUCUUUCCCCCUGCAAUGUGCCUCCCCUCAUUUGAUGUUUCUGCUGAAGCACAAUAGACCCUGAUAAUUAAAUCUGCUUUCCUUACCACAGGAGGGUGGACAAUAGAGAUAUUGAGAAUGACAAACUCUUGCCAUCAGUUAUGUAUUUCUGACAAUGAGGGAAUCAUCAUUUUCAAUUGAUAAUAUUUUCUGUCAAAAAAAGGAGAUUGCAACCACUGACUUCAUCAGGUAACCUUUUAAUAACCCAAAAUAAUUUAUUGUAGCAAAGAUAAAACUUUAUUUUUAAUACUUCUAAGCUCAGUUACCUGUAAUUUUCCACACAUUUUCAAUUGUGUAUAAGUUUCUUGUGUGUAGAGGAUUUAACUACAAAGAUCUCUCAAAGAAAGCACAUGGAGGAGUACUUUUAAUUAUUGUUCGUUCAAAAUUUUUAAUAUUCCACUUUAAAAAGAGUUCUUCCAUUGAAGAAGAGUUAUGGUACCACAUGAAGAAGGUAUCACAAUAAAGAAAAGUUAUGGUGUCCAUUCCAUCAUUAAAGUAGGCAACAAAAAUUCUAAUUCUACUUGAAAUGCCACUGUCAACAAAGGCUGAAACUAAAAAUUACUAAAAAGCUUUUAUUACACAGAGAGAGACUUGUUGAAAUUUUUACCAAAAAUUACCAUUCCUGAAAAAAAUUAGCACAUUUUUAUGGUGAAAUCCUGACCCCACUGCCUUCAACUAAAUCACAAUAAUAUAUAACAGAAGGAUUAUUAAAAACAUGCAAUAUGACACGCUGUAUAACAUAUCACCCUAUGUAUCCCCAAAUGAAAUGCAUCAACUGAAUAAGGCAAUAGGCCCACACCUCUCUUAUGAAAAGCUGGGAAAGCUGUGAAAAAGACUGUGCAGAAAAUGAGGGGGGAGCUAAGUAUGCUCUGAGGAACCCUGGCCAAUAUAAAGCCAUGGAACACAAGGAUAUUUAAAGCCACAAUUAGGCAAGUGGGCAUAGCAAGAGCAUUUUUUUUUCACAUAAACACAUGGGGUUUUUUAUUAUAACCUUAUAUUAGGGCUGAAUUGUGACUGAAAAAUGCAUGUAUGAAUACUGAGAAAGAAAAUAAAAGAAAAAAGAAAGAAAGAAAGGAAGACAGAAUGUUGGUUUGACUAGAAAGUCAAACAAUUUAAGUGAUGGUUUUAUAAUCCUGACCUCAUAUAUUUUCACAAACUUCCUUGGGCAUUCACAGGUCAGGAACCAAUACAUAAUUCAUUGCUCUCUGACUUACAAUGCAAAUGAUAGGAAUUUCUCCCCAUUUAGGAAACAUGUUAAGAAAAUUUGAGAGAUGAUGUGAAGCCGAGUUCUGCAGUAUAUGCUGAUGUGCACAGUGAUAUUUAUUCAAGCAGGGCAUCAGCACGUGUGUGUAAGUGAGGACUGCAGAAGCAAGGCAUGCACAUUAUUGUUUCAUUUUCAAGAAAAUGCUACACCUUACAAAAAGCACAUAUGGGUUACCAAGAAGAGAUUACUUAGGAAAACAAACGAGUAUCUCCCCUGAGUAAGGGGAGAUAUUCCAUAAUAUUAUAGUUAUUUUAAUAGUAUAAUAGAGUUAAGUACUUUAGGCAACUAAAAAAGGAGUUAAUUAAAAGUAUUGAAUCUUUUCAUAUCUCCCAUCCUUAGGAGGAUAUAUUCCAUUUCCAAUCCACAAGAAUUUAUUUUAGACAGAUUUUUACUUACAUAUUCAUUGAAAGUUUUGAAACCAGUGUUUUCUCUUUUUUUGAUUGGUCACGAUAUUUAUUUGAAAUCUUUGGAUGCCCUGAUUUGUUUUAUCAGAUAUAAAGAGUUUGAGGAAUAGACUACUUUAUGUGCAAUACUUGCUUUCAGGAGAAACAAGUAGCAAGUAUAUGUCUAGAGCUUUCUGAUUUUGUUUUGGUUUCCUUUCUGUAAUUUAACUUUACAAAAAUGAAGCAAAUUUGAAGUAGAUCAAAUUAUAACUAUUUUCUGUUGUAAUUACAGCCAUAAGACUGCGCAGUCCUUCUAUCGGAAAACAAAAUUUAAGAAUAUUGAGUUAAGAAAAAUUACCUUAAAGAAUUUUGCUAUCAAUUUUCAGUUGAACUAUGUUUCAAUAUUUAGUUACAAUAGUCAUGGUGAGAAUCUGAGCUAGAUACACUGAAUAAAUUUAGGUUUGUGGUUAUAGGAACUUUGGGUUCACAGGUUCAGUUUUACAGAUUAUUAUUAGCAGCUGCACAAAGAGAAGGGAACAAAGGUUUCUUCUUCCUUAAAGUAUCAGGUUCCUUUCUGUAGAGAUGGAGGAGGAAAUACAGCUGCUUCACAGAGAUCUCCCUCAAGAAACAAGGUGGCCAGAGCAGAAGGAAAGUACAGGCAGUCAUGGCAUUUCUCUUUGACGACUACAGAAGCUGGCAGAAGUAGAGCUGAAUCAUAUUAUGAGGGAUGCAGCAAAUUGCAGGUGUUCUGCAUUAUUAUAUAGGACAUCUGGUUUGUCCAGAACCCUACUAAGGUGCCUUCGCUGAGGCCAAUGCUCUUGGAGGGCUUGUGUCCAAAGGUAAAAAAACCCAUGCCCAUAAAAGCCAGGAAGGAUCUGGAUUUUACUUUGUUUUAUGCAUCUUUAAUUACUCUUUCCUGUAGUUUCUAGAGUGCCAGCUGCACCAGAGUGUUCAGGAAGGAGUGUGCAACAAGGCGGGUUUGAAAGCUCACAUUUCUGAUGACUUUCCUUUUAUCAAUGCAAAUAUUAGUAAUGUCCUUGCAGGCAAGAUUCCAACCCACAGCAGAUGUGAUUGAUCAUUGUGUUAGCCAUCAGAUCAGACACUACUUUCAUUUUUUUUCUCCCUUAUUUCUUGUCAAAAUAAUUCUUUCCUUAAUACCUGAAACUAAGCAGUUUGUACUAUUGCUUAUUUGUCACAACACAAGAAAAAGGCUUCUGCAAAACCAUUAUAUCUGCAAACUUUGAUGAUUGCCCAGCAAAGCUAAGCUACAGAAAUGCUGCCAAUACAGUGAACCAUUUGUCAUGAAGCCACGUCUUCUACUGUGAUAUCAAUUCAGUAUUUCACCAGAAUGUGAAAAAUCCAGAGGCACUAAUCUCACGAUUUCUAUUGCUUUUGCCUCAUUUUCUUUAUGUUGCAUUGACCUUCUGUAGCAUGAUUGGAUUACAGGACAGGUUGCUGCUUGAUGCCUCACAUGGUUAUCUGAUUUAUUAGUGUUUACAUUUAAGAUUAAAUCAAGAAAAACUAAGCUCUUUUCUUAUAGUCUGCAUCUUUGGGCUGCUCUAGAAGUAAUUUACUUUGUACCUGUCCCCUGCACUAUUGGUUUCUCACCGUUUUGCACACACAUAAGACACACAGACACAUAAACAUAUGCACAAUCACAUUAUAUUUAUAGAUUUUUAUAUUUAUGUAUAUUCAAAUUCUCAAAUAUACAAAUAUAUAGACAUAUGGCAUGCAUAUCUGUAGUAUAAUUAUAGUUUGAUCUGUGUUGAGUUCAUUACAAAUCUUUUGCUCUGGAUUUUUGCAUAAUUUCAGUUCCACUUUAGCUUGUUCAAGAGAGUAAAGAGGUAGAGUAGCAUGAAUUGGUUUUUGAAGACCUGUAAUGUCAGUAUUAGUAAGAGCAUUUUUUUCAACAAUUUAUGUGCUUUGACAGUCUAUGCACUAAAACUUGAAAAUUACAGAGAGGAUUAUCACAGCUCCUGGAAGCAGACAAUGCUCACCUGUUGGAAUACACUUUGGAAUGCACAAAGCACAUCUGAGCAAUCAGUUUACAGCAGCUCUGUUCUGUGUGGUCACUCAGUGUAGACAGAGGAGAAUGUGAGAGAAGGCAGUAUGAAACUGAAACCCAGUAAGAACAAGAAGGGAACAAUUCAGAUAUUUCUACAUCAUUAGCAUUACUGUUGACUUUUUAUGUAUUUUUUUUUCUCUGUGGUCUAUUUUUCUUUCCCUGUAUCUGACAGUUUUUCCUUGUCAUAGGAGCUGUCUUUUAAUUCACUCUUCACUUUCUGCUUCAUGAAAAACCUGAUUUUUCUGCAGGAUUUUUGUGGAAUGCCCCAAAUUGGCACUUCUGCUAUGCGUGAGCAAAUGCAUUUGUGUGUAGCAGCCCAAAGGGAGCUUUCAUUGCCACUCAUCCUCCUUAAGUCAUUAAUCUAAAUAUUCAAAAAAGAUAUUUCUGAGAUGAGCCAUGCAGCCAGUGUGCUAUUACAUAAAAACAUAGAAAUCUGGUGGGUAAUGUUGUUUUAGUGUUUUACUUUGGUGUAAUAGUAAAUGAACUGAUGUAAGGAGUGAAGUUCCUUCUAGUUUAUGAAGUUCCACUAACAGACUACUCUGAACAUCAAAGCUGUUUUACUAUUUGGACCAGUGGUGGAGGCAGAGAGAUAGAUAUGAAAGACAAAAAUCCUGCAAAUAAAAAUGACUUUUAAAUAAAUAUAGGCCAAAAUAUAAGAGUUCUGUUCAGACCUAGGGUACCAAACAAUUGUGGGAAAGAUGCAAAAAAUUUCUUCUAUUUUUUUCUCUAUUUGUGGGAUUCAGUUAGGGUUGCUGCUUAUUUUAAGUGACUAAAUUAGUACACCAUUAGAAAAUCUUUGCCUGGGAUGAGAAAAAUUCUUUGUUUCAUAAAUCUUCCAUUAAAAAUCUGAAUUUCCUUUUUCCAUUUUCUUCCCUGAAAAAAAUUAGUGUCUGCUAUGUUGCAGUGACUUUGGAAAGCUUCAUGCUUGUCAAUUAAAACAAAAUAUCACAGUAGACAUUCCUCCACCUUGCUAUAGAAGACAAAUUGUUUAAAGAAACAUUUCUUCAAGUCCUAAAAUUCCAGCAAACUGUUGGUUGGAUCGGGGGAAGAAUUUAACAAUGUUUUAAAGAAGGAUGUUGAUUUGAAGUAGUAAAGAAAUUCACUGUCCGAUGAAUGCUUUCUUUGCAUUAAUUCUAAAAGAUGACAUGCACUCAUUUGAAUUAUAUUUAGACAGCUGAUGAAGGAUAAAUGAAAUACUUAUAGCAAAUAACAAAAUAAUGAGUAAAACACUAACAGCAUUAGUUUAGGGCAAAGUAUGAUAUGACUAAAAUAACAUGAAUUUCCUCAAGUUAGAAUUUACUGCUUGCUGUAAAAUGCAGCUGUUUUUUCAAUGAACACUAUGACAUUCAAAACUUUUUGAUCAGGGUAUUUCUCAUAAUUAUUAAAAGAAUUGUGUUUCAGAAGCAGUCCUGCAGAAAGAUCUUUUAGCCUUGCUAAACACUCCAGUGUUUUAACUGCUUCCAUCCCUGACAGGUCUUGGUAAUGCUCUGUUGGAUUUGCUUGCAGGUUUUUUCCUGUUGUUUUUCCUGCUUGACUGCCUGACUGGAGCCAUCCUGUGAAGUGUGUGCCAUUAUUCCAUGUGCAUGUUUUUCUCAGGGUAGCUGAAUAAGAGGGAAGAGACAAAUUUGGACAAAUCCUUUCAGUCCUCUGAUGGUGAUCCACAAGGAGUUUGCCACUCAGUGUGCCCUGCCCAGCUCCCACAGAGCCCUCAGCAGGUGCUGGAGGAGGGAGGAGGAUGCCAGCAGUGCCAUGGGUGCUGAUGGUGCCCAUCACCUCUCUCAGCAUCACACACCACUCCUGCCAUGUGCUUCUGCCACAUUCAAUCCAACACACCUCUGGUGGAUCCCUGCUGAGUGACCUCACCUGUGUUUAUGAGAAUUGAACAAUGUGAAUGGCAGGGAGGGGACUGGGAUCUGCUCUCUGAGAGUGAGAUCUGCAUUUUCCAGUUUCUUUUCACCACCUACAUCCACCACAUCUCUGAAAAAGUGUUAGAAACGUAAAUUUAACUGACAAAAGUGAAAGCUCUUGUAACUUAUGGCAAAUUCAAAGUUUAUGCUAAAGGCUCUAGUUUUGCAUGUUAUAUAAGAAUUUAUAUUAAUAUUUUUAAUAGGGUAUCCUCAUCCUUACAGAGCACUUGGAUGUUUCUCUUUAUAAAAACGAUUAACAAAAUAUAAAUUGCAUGGGAAUUUAAAAAGACUGGAAUAAUCUGUGGAUCCUCUUACAGUCUUCUUCAAAGGGAAUUAUUCUAAGAGUUUCACAUUUUGAAGUGAAGCCUGAAGUAUAUCUUUUUGGCCGAAAACCUUAUAAAACCACUUUAAGAUUAGAAUAAUUUAUGUAGAAGGCCAUCUUUGUCAGUUAUGAUUUCUUCUCUAGAUCCACAGGUAAAUUUCUAAUCUUCAGUGUUAUCUAGUGCACUGGAAAGACAAAUUCUGACACUAAAAUGCUAAUGAUCCUGAGCCUGCAUACUUGUUGAUUCUUGCUUAUAAUGGGUAAAAAGAUAAAUCCUGUACUGACCUGGAGAUAAGCACUAGGUAGAUGCUAGGAAUUUUUCUUUCACAAUAUACAGAUCUGUUGAAAACCAGUAAAUUUACCUAGAGCCAUUUUAGUAGAACAUAAGAAGCUUCUUUACCAUUUUGAGGGUUUUCCUUAAUAUAUGAACUCCACAGUAACUCAAUAGCAAUAUACAGAAUCUAAUGGAAUUAUGUCAUCAAGAUGUCCAUACUUCUGCUUAAAAACAUGAUAGGUGAAAAAGCAAACAAUGAUUGUACGUAAAGCCAGGACUUCAUUAUUAAUAUAACUUUAAAGUUUAUUUAGAAAGCCAGGCAACAUCUAAUUAUAACAGAAAAUUAAGAAAAUAAAGGGCAUAAAGAAAGGAUACAACCACUACUAAAAAAACUCAAAGCAAAGUAAAAAAAAGCAAAAAAACCCUCAAUAACAGCAAAGUUAGAAGUGUAUCACACAUUUCCUAGCUGCUAAGGGUUUUGUUGAGCCUUUCACUCUCCUUUGGGAUCCUUCCACCUGUUAUGGUACCAUGCAGAAAUCACCGGCGCCCAAACGGUUUCACAGGGAAGACUAUGAUGAAAUUUUUGUUUUCUUCUUCACUUUAGGAUUUGCUGGGAUAAUACUAUUUUCUUUUUUAAUGGUCUUUCACCCACUGCUUCUCUUCAUUGCUGUGCAUUCAAAUUUACUACAUAACAUGCACUUGUCAUGCCCCCAUACCCCAAUUUUGUUCAGGUCUGCAUUUCUUUAACUAACUGUUGAUGAGCUGUUCAUAGCCAUGGGACCUCUGGUGCCAGGCUGUGACUCUGCUCUUAUUCCACACCACUAUUCCUCUGCACUGCUUGCUUUGCUUCCUCUUCUCAAGGACUCUACCAACACUCCAGUCUUGUAAUUCUCUACAUUGCUUCAUUGCAUUAGGCUCACAAAUUUUAUAUAGAACAACUACUUUUUACAACUAUAUGUGAAACUGGUUAUACCAUAGGAAGACAAGCCAUAUUAAAACAAAUUAAACAUGGUUAUCCAGUUAUGAGAGAAAAAUACUGUGUACAGUUGAACUAGGUCAAAGCAAAGUUGCAGGCAGAUCAAGAAAAAGUCAUACAAAGUAAGCUUGACAAACCAUAGCCCUGAGGCCUCAUAAACUCAGUACAGAUCCUGUGGCUCAUUUCUAGCCAUGAAAAUACUGUAAUACUGAGCUACAGGCUAGGACAUAUAGUGCACAUGUUAAAAAUGCUGUAAUAAAGCCACUGUUCAUCCUCUGUACCCUAGUUUAGAGACUAGUCCCUGCACAAUUGUAAGAAAAUCAACUAAAGAUUACAAAACAUUAUCUUAGCUGUAGGAGUACCUAAAAAUUUGCUUAAAGGGUUUUAAAAGACAAAAGCAUAGAUAAAAAAAAUUGGCUUUUUUUUUUUGUUGUUGUUGUUGUUUUCCACUGCUAUUGCUCCACUAUUUAAGGUUUGUGGUUUAGUCUAAGCAAAGCCUUCUGAAAGGGAAUGUAUUGUGGAAAUCCAUGACAAAGUAAGUAAUAGUUUCUACAGUGAUUCUGCAACCUUAACUUAGCAAAAAUUUGUUUCUGAGACGUCUUUACAAGCUGUCAAUUCCACUUUAGAAGACACGAUCCUUCUCAGUGUGAUAGUUGGCUUCUCUAAUGAGAUUAUAUUUCUUAUAAGACUUUCCUAAGGUCUUAUCCUCAUGCUCUGGCUUACUUUUCUUUUCUGAACAGAUUAUGAAUCUUUAACCUUAGCAACAUUUAAAGUAAUUGAUUAGUUAAGUCUCAUAUUGAGAUAUUGCUCUUUAAGUUAAAAAUGUAGGGAAUUGUUGCUUAAUCUGAAGUGGAUCCAUAUUAUCCAUAUCCCUCAAUUCUUCUCUAAGAAGCAUACAUUUAUAUGGUUGUAUGUUAUAUGGUGAUUGCUUGUUCAUCUAAAGAGAUAAGGAUCAGAAAUCUGGCUUAAAGUCAAAUACAUUACUAGACAGAUUUUAAAGGAAUAUCAUAUUCAAAUGAGGAUUUUAUUCUAUUCUAUAGGGCAUUUUCCAUAUUUUAUUACUUAAAUAGAAUCUUUAGUAGGCUUCCCAGAAUGUCCUUUCUUAUUUUCUUGUUUUUUGAAAGGCAGUCUUUCUCUUGCCUCUUUCUUGUUUGGUGAACAUCUAAUUAUAUCUUGUCUGACUUCCAGAAUAAUGUGUCUACUUGUUGCAUUUGUAAAUUUGCAAUAGGAUGAUAGGCUUUGUUUUAAUUUAAUUAAAGGUUAUCAGAUGGUUAAAUCAAUUUGCCUUUAAAAAAAAAUCUCCCUCUCUUAAAAGGGGAAAAUCAAGUCUCAAAACAUACCAUUAUGAUUUCAUUAUUGCUAUGCAUUCAUAGACUUUCUGCUGUUAAAUAAAACAAAACUGAAUAGAUAGUGCUGAAAUGAAUAAACCUCUACAAUAACUGUUUUGUUAGAGCUAAUAUAACUGAAGGCAUAUCUGUACUUCAGCUGGAAAUAUCUGUAUAUUGAAUUUUGUAAAAAAAAUGCUAGAGAGAAAAAAAGCCAACAUAAAUUGAUUGGAAAACCU